UGCACUCACAAGGCACGGCCCUAUGACCUUCAACAACUCCCACACAACCACACACGCUCAUUGAGUCUGUCAACCACCCACCUUUCACGCCUCAUUACCUACAUGUUCGCGCCCUAGGUCUAUCGAGCAUCCUGCACUCCUGCAGGCCUCUAUACCUCCUACCAUGUCCUCCUCGGCACGAUACGCCAACUCCGCUGCACACUCAAUCCCCCACCAGCCAGCGGCCUACCGCGCUUCGGCUCCUGUUUCCAAUGCUCCUCCAGGGACCUUCGCCUCGGGGACGAAAGUUCAGGUGGGCAAUCACCGCGUCGUCAUCGAGAAAUACCUGUCCGAGGGUGGAUUCGCCCAUGUCUACCUAGUUCGCAUCCCCAAGUCCUCAGAGCGAACACCCGAAGUUGGCGUCUUGAAGAGAGUCGCAGUACCGGAUAAGGAGGCGCUUUCAAACAUGCGGACUGAAGUGGAGACGAUGAAGAAGUUGAAGGGCCACAAACACAUUGUGACAUACAUGGAUUCGCAUGCCUCGCAGCUGAAGGGUGGGGGUUACGAGGUCUUCCUUCUUAUGGAAUACUGCUCUGGCGGAGGCCUGAUUGACUUCAUGAACACGCGGCUGCAGCACCGACUAACCGAGCCAGAGAUCCUACACAUUUUCUCCGACGUCGCAGAGGGCGUUGCGACAAUGCAUUACCUGAAGCCUCCGCUGCUCCACCGAGAUCUCAAGGUUGAAAAUGUACUCAUUACCAAUUCCGGCUCUUCGAGGAUAUACAAGCUCUGUGAUUUUGGAUCCACCGCUCCGCCGAGACCUGCUGCAAAAACAGCCGCCGAAGGACGCCUGAUCGAGGACGACGUACAACGGCAUACCACGCUCCAGUACCGGAGCCCCGAGAUGAUCGACGUCUACAGGAAACAACCGAUAGACGAAAAAAGUGACAUAUGGGCUUUGGGCGUGCUCCUUUACAAGCUGUGUUACUACACGACCCCUUUUGAAGAGGUGGGACAGAUGGCCAUUUUGAAUGCGACCUACAAAUUCCCGUCAUACCCCCAAUUCUCGGACCGCAUAAAGAAGCUUAUCGCAUCUAUGUUACGGGAGAAUCCCCAACAUCGACCAAACAUCUACCAAGUAGUGGUCGAGGUCUGCUCCAUGAGGCACCGAAGUGUUCCUAUCAAAGACAUCUACUCCAACCGAACCCAAUCAGAAGAUCGGAGAAACCAGCAGCUUCCCUCUCCCGAGCCCCGGGUUUCCUCUCCCCCUGUUAUCGGGCUGCAGAAAGUUGCUCCUGUGCAACAAGUACAGGCCAUUCCAGAUAUCACUCCCAUGAGACGAGGAAGACCGACUGCCCCCGUUCAGCAACCUCCUGCAGCAAAACCCAGUCCUUCACCCAUGAGAGGGACUACAUCAGAUCCGUUUGCGGCCCUUGAUUCCCAGAACGUCCAGGUCAGGAGUGCGGCUGCUGACGAGCUUGCUGCGCGCUUUCCUUCCUUGGACGAGUUCUCAUUAUUGCAUGACCGAGGACAGAAGUUCGAGUUCGGCCAGGCACCAACAUCUGACCCCAAACAAGACACGAUUAACAAGCGAGUGACGCAGGCCUUAGCGGACGAUGCCUUUGCCUUUCCUGUUGUAAGCCAAACAGGGCCAACACCGACGACGAAACCUUCUUCGAAUACCUCUUCUUCAGGCGUUUCGAGAUCCACUUCCGUUACGAAGUCAAAACCAUACGAGCCGCCAAAGGAGGCCGUACGGCAACCAAACCCCACCAUUGUACAGCCAACUCCACAGCGACCAGCUAUGGUGUCGACCGGUAUCCAAACAUCUCCGUCGCCUUCCCCGGGGCUGCAGAAGUAUCCUGAUGUCAACAAGCGAGCUAUUUGGCGUGUGCCGGAUUCUUCUCCCAAUCACAGCCGUACGUUAAGCCAGCCUCGGAGUUUGGAGAAACCUCAAACCAGCCUGGCAACCUUGAAGCCCGAUUACACACUUCCUCCGCGUCCAUCAAUACUUGAAUCGUCUAGGUCGAUGUCUCAAACAGCUGCGCUCUCUAUCCCGAGAUCUCCCGCAUCAUCAAGACCAUCCCUCGAAAGUCAGCGGCCUUCUGCGCUAGACAUCAGCGACACUCUUGGUAGAUCCAAGUCUGCCAAUUCCCGUCCUCGACCUACGAGUGUUCAUGUCGAGUCAAAUCUCGACUACCUCCGCGAUCGCGAAAUGGCUCCUGGGCGUAGUUUCGACGCCCCGUCUCUAUCCCGAGGCCCGCCUUCGGGUGCAAUACAAGACUCGGAUACCGAAGCCGAAGAGAAGAAUAUUACAUCAAACGUCGACUUUCUGCGGGCCAUGGAAGAUGAUUCGGGGCUGAAGAAGCACCAUCGCAGGAGUAGUAGCCAAUCGAAGCAAUCGAAGCGGUCAAGCCUGCCCUCAAUAUCUCUUAGUAAUACAAAGAAUAUCGUCAAGGGCAAGUUCGGCGACGCGUUUAGAAAGUUUGAAAGCAAUAGCUCGAGUAAUCAAGACCGAGAUCCACCGCUAACACCUACUGACCGGCUUAUCGAUCGCUCCGGUAAAAUCCUUACCCCAAUUGCGGGUUCAGAAGCGACAGGUGGCACGAGUGAUGACGAGCGUGCCAUCGACGAGACCCAAGAUCUCCCACCCGAAGUGCGCCGCGAGCUAGAGCGACGUCGGCUGUCGCAGGAAGAAAAGCGUGUUGCUGAUGCCGCUGCUGAAUACCGCAAGCGUCUCGCAGAACAAGGCGAGAACAGCAAAGGCAAGGCAGGACCAUCUCGCGCUUCGACAAUCCAAAACCGUGUCAGAAGUCUCCUAGAUGAUACUAAGCAUGUCAGUACGAGUCGCACCGCAGAGGGCUAUGGACAUUACACCGACUCUGGCAAACCUCUACCCACGAGACCGCAAGAACAAAUACCUGUAAGCAGACCUCCAGCUAUUGCACGAAAACCGCUACCAAAGGCCAUACCUACUACUCUGCAACCUCAACCUCAACUUCAAUCUCCGGACCUCACUUUUCCGAAGCCGCGUCAACAACCCCCUAUAUCCACGUCCGCACCUGUAGCAGCAGCGAUUAGAACCGUAACAGGACCCCCUGGGCAACGGCCAUCAGCGCCACCGAAACCGAAGGCCCUGAGGACAGGUGGAUCGGCAGAUCCCGUUACCGGAAAAGACAAGCCGUUGCCCGCUCCUGGAGGCGUUAGUGGUACCAGUGGAGAAGACGAUUGGGAUAUGGCCAGUUUCAGUAAACGAUAUCCUAGUCUGAGUGGGCUUGAGAUGGUGGAGACGGAGAUUCCUGGGAGUACUUCGGCUGGAGGGUAUGUAGUCGGUGGGAAGAGCAGAGUUAAGACGGUGAGGGAUCUGUAAUGAGUGUGCAUGGAAGAAACGUUGUGGUCUUGAAAAAGUAAGAGAGAGCCCGAGAAAGGGGGGAUGUUGGAUGACACGUUCAUGUCAAGAGUUGGAGUACUUAAGCAUUUGAUAUAGACAUACUCAACUGCCGCUAUUUGGGCGAUCAUGCAGUCCAAAGGUACAGCGGCAAAAGAACUUGAGUAUUUUCAUCGCUGCUCAGCGAUCGAUAUUCAGCACCCAAUAUAGACCCUGG